UAUGCGGGGCGCCGCGUCGCGCGUCGUCGCCGUCGUCGUCGUCGUCGUCGUGGACAACGAUUAAACGUCGUGCUGUUCGUUCGCUCAGGGCACCGAUCGAGGAUGCCAGUGAGGGUCGAUGUGGUACCACCGCCGCCUGCGAACUCGAAACAGCCGGGUGUUACAAAAUCGCUGCUCUAUAACGGCUCCCGCUUUCAGGGCUCGCAAAAAUCCAAGGGCAACAGUUACGACGUGGAGGUGGUUUUGCAGCAUGUAGAUGAGGAAAAUAGUUAUCUAUGUGGAUAUCUAAAAAUCAAAGGUCUGACCGAAGAAUUUCCAACAUUGACAACAUUUUUUGAUGGUGAAAUUAUCUCCAAGAAAUAUCCAUUUCUGACUCGCAAGUGGGAUGCGGAUGAGGACGUUGACAAAAAGCAUUGGAGCAAGUUUGAAUCUUUCUGCCAAUAUGCCAAGACAUUUAAUUCGGACACUUUUGAUUACGAGGCACUGAAAGGAACAGAUUUUGUAUUUAUGAGAUGGAAAGAACACUUUUUGGUUCCUGAUCAUACAAUCAAAGAUAUCAAUGGUGCCUCCUUCGCAGGAUUCUAUUAUAUCUGCUUCCAGAAAUCUGCCGCCACCAUAGAAGGCUUUUAUUAUCAUCGUAGUUCUGAAUGGUAUCAAUCUUUGAAUCUGAGGCACGUCCCCGAACACAGUAUACAGAUUUAUGAGUUCAGGUGAAGUCAAUACCUUUUUGCUGAGAAACAUGAUUUGUCUCUUUUCUUUCCUAGCAUACAGAUCUCAUAAAAAUUCGUUUUAUCAAUUACCAGUGUCAUAACGCUUUCGAAAUUUGUUUAUCGAUCGUGACUUUUGCUUCCACAUCUAAUUUUCCCCGAAUCUAAGAAAAAUUUAGAACAAUAAAUUUAGUCUUUGAAAUAUUCUUAGCAGAGUAUUAAUAAAGAUAACAUAAUUGUACGAAGUAGAAUGCCUAUUUACUAUAAGCAAUGAAGUUAAUUUACAAAUUAUCUUAAUAUUUAUAUUGUAACACAAUUUUUACAUUGAAAUAAAUUUCUUAAUAGUUCUCA